AUGCUGCUCGUCCAGCCCGACCCUUCGUUCACAACCAAGACUGGCAACCAAGACCACAUCAUCUACAACCCUCCCUCGUCGGCGCCAAACGUCUACCACACGCCCCUCAAGUUUUUGCCCAAGGACGACCCGCGACGCCGCCUGCACACCCUCCUCCAACCCACCGCCUCUGCCGCAGAAACCACAUCUUCACUGCCGCCCGCCGUGCGACCAGUCUAUGAGAAAAAGUACCAUCUCAAGGAAGCCGACAUUGAGGAAAUCAGACGGCUGCGAGCAGAAGACCCGCGCAAGUGGACCCGAGUGCGAUUGGCCGAGAAGUUCGAGUGCAGCCAGUUCUUUGUCAGUCUGUGCUGCUCGGCACCGGCGAUCAAGGAUGAGAGGCAAGCUGAGCUCGAGAAGAUCAAGGAGAAGUGGGGACGCACCAAGAGAGAGGCGCGUGAGGACAGGCAGACCAGGAAGCAGAGCUGGGGAAAGGCUGUCUAA